AUGGCAGACCGGAAACAACUUCCUGACUUCCAGGCCUACACCAUCGGAUGGAUCGCUGCUCUGGACAAAGAACUCACAGCCGCGCUUGCUAUGCUCGAUGAAAGACACCAGCAACCAGAAAACUUCAUCCAAAAUCAACGAGAUACCAACAGCUACUCAUGGGGUCGGAUCGGCGCUCACAACAUGAUCAUCGCCUCCCUAGCCGAUGGAAGCUAUGGUUUGAUAUCCGCAGCAACGACCGCAACUAGCAUGAUUCUCUCGCUCCCACACUUUCUAUUCGGUCUCAUGGUCGGUAUCGGUGCCGGAAUCCCUAGACUGGAAGAUGAUGUCGAUAUUCGCCUGGGUGACGUUGUGGUCAGUCGACCUAUCGAUGGGUCUCCAGGUGUCGUACAGUAUGAUUUGGGGAAAUUGAAGGCGAACGGCGAGUUCCAGCGAGUCGGUUCACUCGCUUCUCCACCAGCAGUUCUUCUCAAAGGGUUGGCGAAGCUGAAGGCCGACCAGAGACUCAAUGGCAACCAGUUGCCGAAACUACUGGCUGAUGCGCUCAACCUCUUUCCACGGUUAGCGGAACCGCAAGGUAAAGACGCAGCAUUUAUUCAUCAAGGACCUCGCAACAAUCGUCUAUUUGCGGCAUCAUCACCGCAUGUACAACCAGGCAAAGUACAGGCGUCUCGAUCUCAUAGAAAGGAAGCCCCAGUAGAAGAUCGACCUGAAAGCGAUCCUGAGAUCCAUUAUGGUAUCAUUGCUUCCGGAAACACCGUUGUUAAGGACAGCGCCUUCCGAGACCAGAUUCAACGACAACUUGGGACAGGAUGCCUAUGUUUUGAGAUGGAGGCGGCAGGUCUGAUGAAUGAUUUUCCCUGUCUUGUGAUAAGAGGAGUUUGCGACUACGCGGACAGCCACAAGAAUGAUAGGUGGCAAAACUACGCAGCAAUUGUUGCGGCUGCCUACGCAAAAGAAUUACUGGGUGUUAUGAAUGCUGCCAGUGUGGAACAAGCCGACGGAGUGGAACGAAUUAUGGGCAUAGUCUCUCAGAUUGACUCGAACACAAGAGGCACGCAUCAAGCAGUCCUCAAGCUGAACGAUAGUGUCCGAUUUCACCAAAUUCACUCCUGGCUUGCCCCACCAGACGCGUCGGACGAUUUCAAUGAAGCGGCCGGUUACCAUCAUGAAGGCACAGGCCAAUGGUUUCUCGACAGUAAGGAGUAUUCCAAGUGGAAAUCGACCGCUUCUUCUUCCUUGUGGCUAUAUGGCCGUCCUGGAUGUGGUAAGACGGUUCUUAGCUCUACAAUCAUCAAUGACCUUCAAAGCAGAGGAGUCGACUGCCUGUACUUCUACUUCACUUUUGCGGACACAAGAAAGCAGUCACUGGAUGGAGCACUUCGGUCUAUCUUAGUCCAACUCUGUCGUCAGAAUGAAGCUGCUAAAGGAUACCUAAACGCAAUCUUCAUUCCUGGGAACACCGAUGCGGCACAGCCCGACCUUGCUUAUUUGUGCGCAUUAUUCAGGGAAAUGGCCAAGAAGUCGGGUGAAAUAUGGCUUGUUCUUGACGCACUUGACGAACGCGAUGUACUACGUGAGUGUCAAAACGGUCAAGCCCUGAAGAACAAAGGACUACUGCCAUGGAUCAGAACUCUCCUGGAGUCCGAGGAAAUCAAUUUUCAUGUUUUGGUAACAAGCCGUAAGGAAGAAGAUAUCUAUCAGGCCUUGAAAGAGUGUAUUCCCAAGCCGAUGCACAUUCCUUUACGAAACGAAUCUGUCAAUGCCGACAUACGGGCAUUUGUUCGAACAACACUCGAAACACGGGGCGACCUGCCAAAGUGGCGAGCAGAUGGAGCUUCUCGACGAAUGGUAGAAGAGGAACUGACCAAUAAGGCAGAUGGAAUGUUUCGCUGGG